CCUAUGAAUUAAAACAAAAGGAAGAAGAGUCCUCUUGACGCUCAAUCAGAUUUUCCAGCAAUUAACUGUUCACCGUCAUCAAUUCUCACUAAACCUCACUUCUAGUUUGAUUCGAUAUGGAUGUUUCGAGCCCUGCGGCUUUUGUUAAUGGAGGAUUGAUACGCAUGCACGUGGGACGCAAGGUGCGAACAGUGCUUCAGGCUACCCGGUCUGAUAUCGCAUCUGUGAUCGGAAAGUCUACUGAUGGUUACCAACUUGUUGCAAAAGGCUCUCCACCUGUUCCUCUUACAAGUUAUGUUGAGGUUAUUGGUGUUGCCGAGAAUGAAAAUACCAUCCGAGCUGAAUUAUGGACCAACUUUGGUGACACAUUUGAUGCAUCCAGCUAUGAUCAACUCUGUCAGCUAGCAAAUGGAGAGUUCAAACACCUAUUCCUCUAGUUGUUUUCAAAUUUCUUUA